AUGGCAGGCUCUAGUAACAAAUAUACAGUUACAGAGGCGUUAUUAAUUGUAACAGAUGAAAGUUGGACUCCAUGUAUCCCCAUUGACUCUGAAUCGGACGAUGAGGACCUGCUUAGACCGGACGAACCAGACCCCAACGACGAGAACGAAGGUUAUCGUGUCCAGGGCCCUACUCAAGCAUCAGAAGAGUAUGUAAUCCCAUUGUUAUUUAUUACUUCUAAUACUACUAUUACUAAUUUAUUGUAUGAGUACAAAACAUACAUUCUAAAAUAUCUAUUUGAGUAACUGAAGCUCAAUUUAAGUUAGCGCUAUCUUAGCUUAGAGGCCCACAUGCAAGUUUACUUACAAUAGAAUGCUAUGUGUUUUAUUUCUUGCCACUGAAUUAUCACUUUAGUCAACAUUCUCAUAGUUCUAACUAUUUAUUUUAUAUAUCUGACUUUUUGAGUCAGAUUUGUCAAUGAAUGAAUACAAGUGUGUUUUAGUCAUGAUUUUCUUUUCUCUUUUGUCUUGUGUGUACAGUGAAGAUGAUUAUAGGGGUGAUGAGCCACAGCCAGAGCAUCUGCCUCCUCAGCCACAGCUUCCCCUUCCUCAGGCAGAGCCUCCUCUUCCUCAGCCUGGCCGCUUGUCUAGACAAUGCACUUCUGCUCCCCUCCCUCGGCCACGGUCUUCAUCGGACACUGAGUCCCCUGUAAAGAGCCCUCAACCCAAAAGAAAAGGGAAAGCUUUCUCAAAGUCAGCGCAUCCAAGUAAGCGUGGUGGAGGUAGGCCUGCCACUCCAAGAGUCGGGGAGGAAGAAGAGGAAGAAGAAGAUAGGUGGCAUAAUAGAGAAGAGAAUGAUGAACGACCAGACCCAAUCCGGUUUAUGCCCACCAGAGUCCCAGGCCCCACAAUCGACACCACUGCGUCAUGGUCUCCCCUUUCACUCUUUCAACUGUUUUUUAGCACUUCGGUUGUCCGCACAAUAAUUUGCAACACUAAUGCAAAUGCUGCCAAAAGACUGCAGUCCGGACUGAAAUUCGCUUGGAUACCACUAACAAUGAGAGAUGCGGCAAUAUACGAAAGCAAAGCCCACUAA